GUGUGUAAUGCAGAGGCAGAUUUCAGUAAAAACAAGAAGGCGAAAACAUCUCGAGUCUGGUCUGCAUGCCGCACUAUAAAAUAAGAAUGUUGCAUUUCAUGUAGUGGAUAGUGAUUAAGGUGUGGAUAUCUAGGACUGAAAAUAUUGAUUGCAUAUUAGUAGCAAAAUUUAGCGAUGGAAAUUGCCAUCAGAAGAAAAACCUGCAGUAGCUACGGGCAAGGAAUGCUUUGGAUAAUUUUCAUUUCCAUUUGUUACUUUGCUAACGGGCAACUUCGAUACUCUGUUCCGGAGGAGAUGGUGAAAGGCUCCGUGAUCAGCAAUGUCGCCACGGAUUUGGGGAUUGACGUUCAAAGGCUAAAAAGCGGCCGAGCUCGGAUCGUUGCCGGAGACAGCAGUCGGUACGUGGAGCUGAACACAGACAAAGGAAUACUGGUGGUUAAUGAGAGAAUAGACAGGGAGACGGUUUGUAAUGAGAUAUCUUUGUGCAGUUUCAGUAUUGAGAUCAUUAUUGAAAAUCCAAUUGAAUUGUUCGAAAUAACAAUAGAAAUAAAGGAUAUAAACGAUCAUGCUCCAAAAUUCCCGAAUGAUGAAAUAAAUAUUGAGAUUAGUGAGGCCGCGUUGCCCGGUGCGCGGUUUUUGUUGGACAGCGCUUAUGAUCCCGAUGUCGGUAUUAAUACCAUACAGAGCUACAACCUGAAACCGACUGAUAACUUCGUAUUAAAACAGGAGACCCGUUCUGAUGGUAGUAAAUAUAUUGAGAUGAUGCUACAGUCCCCCGUAGACAGAGAGAAACAGGAGGAUUUGUCUCUAACAUUAACUGCUAUAGACGGGGGUCACCCUCCGAGGUCCGGCGUGAUGAAAAUAAAUGUAAAGGUUUUGGACGCGAAUGAUAACGCUCCGGUUUUUACUAAGAAACUCUACAGAGCCGCUAUUCCAGAAAACUCAUCCAAGGGUACGUUUGUUACAAAAGUAAGUGCAAAUGACUCCGAUAAAGGGAUUAAUGGUGAAGUUACAUACGCUUUCAGACAAACAGAGAAACAUAGUGGCGAAUUUGAAAUCGAUAAAAAAUCUGGGGAGAUUUUUGUCAGAGAAAAUAUAGAUUUUGAAAAUAAACAGAAAUAUGAAAUUAGUAUUGAAGCUAGAGAUCACGGUGGUUUUACAGAUUCUUGCGCUGUUAUUGUUGAUAUAAUCGACAUGAAUGAUCACAUUCCCAUUAUAACGUUAACAUCAUUCACUAAUCCGGUUUCUGAAGACGCUGCACCCGGAACUACUAUUGCAGUUAUUAAUGUUAAAGACUUGGACUCAGGAGAAAACGGUCAGGUCAAUUGCUUUAUAUCUGAGGACUCUCCAUUUGCUAUUAAAUCAUCAAUAAGGAAUUUCUUCACUCUUCGAACAAUAAAAAUGCUUGACAGAGAAAAACACUCAGAAUAUAAUGUUACGGUAACAGCAACAGACGAAGGCUCACCUCCUCUAUCCAGCAACAAGACGUUACAUAUCAGAGUAUCCGAUGUGAACGAUAACGCACCAGUAUUUCAACAAAGAUCCUAUGAUGUUAGUUUGAUAGAAAACAACACACCCGGUGUUUCCAUUUUCACCGUAAAAGCGAAUGAUGCCGACUGCUGCCAGAACGCCCGCGUCUCCUACCUGCUGGAUGACUCGGAGGUCAACGGUGUGUCCGCCUCUUCUCUCGUGUCAGUAAAUGCCGAAAGCGGGGUAAUUCACGCCGUGCAUUCUUUCGAUUAUGAGAAACUUAAAGAAUUUCAAGUUAAAGUUAGAGCUCAGGAUGCGGGCUCACCUCCAUUAAGUGGAAAUGCUACAGUUCGUAUUAUCAUCCAGGACCAGAACGACAACGCGCCUCAGAUCCUCUACCCAGUACAGUCUGGUGGCUCCUCGGUGGCUGAGAUGGUGCCUCGUUCAGCUGAUGUGGGCUAUCUUGUCACUAAAGUGGUGGCCGUCGAUGUGGACUCUGGACAGAAUGCCUGGCUCUCAUAUAAACUGCAGAAAGCGACAGACAGGGCGCUGUUUGAAGUGGGCUCACAAAACGGGGAAAUCAGAACUAUACGCCCGGUGAGUGAUAAAGACGCCAUGAAACAAAGGCUUACUGUUAUUGUGGAGGACAACGGACAGCCGUCUCGCUCAGCUACAGUCAACGUUAAUGUGAUGGUGGCGGACAGCUUCCCUGAAGUACUCUCGGAAUUCAGUGACAAUACUCACGACAAGGAUUACAAUGACAACCUGACUUUUUAUUUAGUUCUGGCUUUGGCUGUAGUGUCCUUCCUCUUUAUUUUAUCUUUAGUAGUGAUUAUAUCCGUGAAAAUCUAUAGAUGGAGACAAUCACGCAUCUUUUAUCAGUCCAAUCUGCCAGUUAUACCGUAUUAUCCAACACUUUACUCAGAUGCCGGAGGCACAGGAACUUUACAGCAUAUGCACAACUACGAGGUGUAUAUGACGACUGACUCCAGGAAGAGUGACUGUAAGUUUGUCAGACCGAGCAGUCAGAGCGUUUUAAUGGUGGAUCCCACUUCUGCGGAAAUAAUGGCGCGUGCGGGGAAUGAGAAAAGCAUUAUGGAUGAGCCAGAUUUGGUAAGUUAACUAGCCUUAAUUAAACAGCUUAUUAUGAUUAUUAUUAUUAUGAUGUUGAUGAUAAUGAUUAUUUUUAUUAUUUGUUGUUUCUUUCAUAU